AUGAUAAGAACCAGAUUCAAUAACCGUCGAAGAAGUAGUUCAGACUCAAAUAAUAAUUCUCCAUCAGAAAUUGAUGGAGAACCUAUUAGAAUAGAGUUAAGUGACGGAAUCGAAAUAGGAAAAAAUGAAAUCGUUUGGAUUAAACACAAUCUGUGUUUGGAUACCCUUGUAAUUGUACAAGAUAUUUUAGAUGGCGGCAGAGUUGAAGUGCGAAAUUUGAUUGACAACAAUGUGAUAAUAAUUGGCUCAGAGCAUUUGACACUGCAUACCGAAAUUCAGCUCGACAGUGAAAUCUAUUCUGGAAAUAGGACGUUGGCAUUGAUCAAAGAGCGUAAUUGUCGAAAAGCCAUCGAAAAACUGACGAGAUCGAUAAAUGCGGUUGAACGAUUGAAAUUUUGUUCCGAUGGAUUAAAAAAAAUUCUGGCCGACAUCAGGGACGGAGAUUUUUCCAAACUUGAAUCGCAACUAACACGAUGUCACCUGAAAACGGACAAGCAACAAUUCAAGCUCAAUGUCUACGACUUAAGGCACAAAAUGAAACUUGCUCCAGCAACCAUAUCGAAUGAAGAGGCACAAUCAAUCGCUGAGAAAAUUUUACAAGACAAACGUGGCAUUCCAUUUGAAUUGCCGAGAUGGCAAAACAGCGAGAGAAACAUUAUUUUAACCUGUUCCGUUUGCCUAAGACAAAAUAACAAGAUGGAGUUGAAGCGAUGUACGAAAUGUGCCAGCAUAUUUCAUGAAAGUUGCCAUCGGAAUGAAACGGAAUGUCGCCAAUGUUUAGCUGGAAAUACACCGACCGAUAUUGUGUAUGCAAAAGCCGCAAAAGUCGGAAAAGCGAUAAAAUGGUGGCCGGCGAUUGUCAUUCCAAAUAACCAAGUGCCAGACAUGUACAGGAAGAACCCCAUUCAACCAGGUUUUGUCUUCGUGUACGUCAUUGGUUCGGUCAAGUCAACUUAUGAACAAGUUCACGCAUCGAAUCUUCUCACAUUUCGCAUUGACGAUGCCCUACGGAACGCCAUUCUGAAAAGAGUCGACGCAACUUUGAAUGCUGCCCUUCGAAUUGCGGCGGCACUCGACGAUGGAUUGGCGUGAACAUGGCAAGAGCUGGACUCAAAAACAUUCAUAUGUUUUGUUUGAAAAUAAAAUUGACGAGAAGAUUUGACAAGGAAAAAAAAACGUUUUUUUUUGCUAUGGAGUUGAGUUUUUCAGUUUUGACCAAGAAUUAUUUUGAGAUGUCAGCCCAAAUUCAAACAAAAAAAUAAUUGCAGUGAACUUUCUUGCCCUUUUCAAUAGAAGCAUCUUUCAAGAAAAAUGAUUUCCUGUUUGUGUUCACAUUUCAUCUAAAACAACAUGGACUUUUGGGUAAACCAUUUACCUAGCCAAAAUAAAUCAUAAUGCUGCUGCAAUUGCAGUUGAGGUUAGUUUUAACACCGAUCUGAAAGUAUGAAUAAUCAAACGGGUGAUUGGCAAUCAACAAUCAGUGAUUUUAAAUCAAAAUUUCGUUUAGUUUUCAUUAUAUGAAAAUAUAAAAUGUCAGAAAUUAGAUCAGAAAUUGAUUUUUGUUCAGUUUUCAGCACUGGUGCCGCAAAGUCAUUAUUCUAAUUUACUCAAAUUCUCAACGGGAGAGCUACUUAUUGACUCUACAAUUUUAGAAUCGACAACGAUAGUUUUGAAGGAAAGAAAAAAUUGACAUUUACUCUAAGCGAUGCGUUUUGAAUUUUUCAUUGGAGUAUUUGCUCGUAGUAUUCGGGUGACCGAAUCAAGCAAAUAAAUCAUUUUGAAUCGUUGUCGAUUCUAAAAUUGUAGAUUCAAUAAGUAGCUCUCACGUUGAGAAUUUGAGUAAAAUAUAAUAAAAAAUGUGUUUCAUAGAGUCAAUACUACAGUUGGCCAAACUAAAGGUGACCAUGAAUAAAGUAUUCCACGAUAGCUGCGUUUGAAAUUGUUCAACAUCACCAAUUCAUGUAUGCAAUCUGCACCAUCAAAAGUUUAAUGUGUACAUUAAAUGAAUUUUAAUCAUGCACAAACAAAA